GUGUUCUGCAGUCUCUCAGCUGUCAUCGACAUGGCGUAGUACGCGUCCAACCUCGCGCGUGUUUUUUUAUCUCGACACACACACAUUGUUUAUAUAUUAUUUCGUCAUUCGCUUGCCUUGAUUUUUUCCGAAUCACGUUUGAAUUUCCCGCGGCGCCAAUGACAAUCGCGAUUAGUAUUCGUCUUUUUGGCUAGUGCAACAAUAACACGCGAGUUAUUUUCCACGAGUAUAGUGAAAUCUCCGGUAUUUACGCGCGAGUUUCACGUCGCGAGAGAGAAAAUAUGUGUCAGCUACUACGGGCUCAUUUUUUAUUCCACGCUCGACUCUGACCCGUCUCCUCUUGAUUUCGCAAUUUCGACGGUUUUUUUUCUCCGAUGCGAGGAUAGAACGCACCGUUAUAAUACUUACAGUCCGAGAAAAAUGGCAACGGCCGCCGAGGGACGACUCAAACUGCACUUUGUAACAUGGAAUGUGGCCACAAAAUAUCCUGAGCAGGAUCUCAGUCAGCUAUUAGGGUUAAGUCACUUUGCUACCUCGAAGCAGUUAGCAGAUAUCUACAUUAUUGGUCUACAGGAGGUCAAGUCGCAGCCUCAAAAUAUCGUUUUAGAUAUUUUCUUUGAGGAUCCAUGGACAAAAUCAUUUAGGGAAGCAUUGAAAGAUUUGGACUAUGUGAAACUACGGACUCAGCGAUUGCAGGGUCUUGUCUUAAAUGUCUUUUGCCUUAGAAAGCACCUAACACACUUAAGGACUGUGGACACUCAAUAUACAAAGACUGGAUUUGGAGGGAUGUGGGGAAAUAAAGGUGCUGUCAGUAUAAGAUUUAAUAUUUACGGUGUUAAUAUAUGUAUGGUAAAUGCUCACUUAACUCCUCAUGAUCACUUGUUAGCUGAUCGGAUUGCUGAUUAUAACACUAUCAUCAGAGAACAUUCGUAUAAUGUGCCUGAUACAACUAAUAUACUUUACCAUGAUUAUGUAUUUUGGAUUGGAGAUCUCAAUUUUCGAUUAGCCGAAGGUUUGACUGGACAUGACAUUGAUGCACUUGUUAAGAAAAAUCAUCUAGAUGUAUUAUUAGAAAAAGAUCAGCUAAAAACAGUUAUGGAGAAUCGUGAAGCUUUUGCUGAACUAACAGAAGAGAAAAUCACAUUCCCCCCAACGUAUAAGUAUGAAUUUGCCUCUCAGGAAUUCGAUUUUAAACGUAGACCUUCAUGGACAGAUAGAAUUUUGUAUAAAGUAAAUACAGACGUCUAUGAAGACGUAAGUUUAAAGGCUGUACAAUAUAGUUAUAAAAGUUAUCCAAGCUAUGUGCAAUCUGACCAUAAACCUGUGAGCGCGGAGUUUGACAUUGUGAUAAGACCUGCUAUACCAGAUAAUGGAAUUGAAUUUAAUCCAAUAAAUGUAUGGUACAUAGACGAAGAGAAUGCCGUUUCCUAUAAAUUUUUGGGUAAUGGAAAAUCCUGCAGUGGGGACUGGAUUGGACUGUACCAUGAAGGCUUUUCUAGUUUAGAUGAAUAUCUUGUUUACGAAUACAUCGGGCGAGGGAAAUUCGAACCAGUAACAGAGCCUCAUGCAGCUUCGGAAAGAAUCUACUUCAGCGAUACCGCUGUCCGCUCGCCUGGAAUGUAUCGCCUAGUUUACAUAGCUCAGCGCGGGGACGUUAUGGGAAUCCUGGGGAUGAGUCCGCCUUUUCCCGGACAUCGGCGACAAACUUGACAAACAAAGAAGAUAUUGCCUCUACGAUAGUUACCAGUCUGUCGAUUACACGGAUUUCCUAUAGAAAAGUAGCUCACGGGUUUCUCGCUUGGCAGUUUGCUCGGAACGCUUCUGCACGCGAUUCUUAAAAAAUGAAUGAGCGAGUGAUGAGUGUAUUAAUGCGAGUGAAGUGGGGAGAAAAGAGGUCGAAUGGGAAAAAUUGGAAGCCUCGCAGUUUUGUGCGUUAAAUGCGUUUAACGUUAUUUUUGGUACCUGGUUUUGACGAGUGCAACUUUUCUGGCACUCGGUCUUAUUAUUCAGAGCUUAUACAUAAUAGUAGUAUAUAUUAUAUAAAGAUACGCGCCAAGUUGUGCGUUGUUUGACCGCUUACGGAACAAAUUUAGAUAAUUAUAUUUCUUUUAUUUUUAUAGGGUAUGACUAGUACAACUGAUGAACAAAGUACAUAGGUGUGCGACAUAAGCGCGAAUGGAGAGUAGUAUUUUCGUCGUUUUUCACGUUCGUUUUUAAUUCUCCAUUAAUCUAGGGGACGAAAGAUUUUCGGGCGUAUAUUUAUGAAUGAAAGUACAAAAUAAAUUAUUAUAAAUAGCGGAAGGUGCUAGAACAAUAAAUGAUUAUCUUCGAUUUCUUUUCUAACGAAUAAAACUUUGAACAUAGCGAUUAAUGGAAUAUUCAGUUCAAUUAUAUUUUCGAAAGAAAAAUUAAUUGUGUUAAAAAGCUUAUUCGAACUCUUAAUCGAUCGUGUCGCCAUAAACGUUUAUCGUUCAAGCAUCUUCGAAGAAACAUUACAUUUCAAUAGACUGCUUCAGUUCUUUGUUUGUUAUCUUUGUGGAACACUUGCAGGUAUUUUAUCAUAGCAACAUUGCAGUACGACAAAAUUUAACUUGCGACUUAUUUAGACAUUCAACAUACAUUUGUGUACAAAGACAGUUCGUUGAUUUAACAAGCAUUCUUACUAAAAAAAUGUAAAUUUGUCAAACUAUUCGUUCGUCGCUCUCGUUCGUACACGCCGCUCGAACAAACAAACAAAUAAGCUGUCGAUCGCAUACGAUCAAUGUCAUUCCACGCAUGUAACACCAUCAGCGUCGUUAUCGGGAAAAUCGUCAGAGUUCGCGUUUCUUCGUCAUCAGCUGAUACGCUCACGAGGCAGGGUAUCCCCGCCGUUGAUGACGGGCAGUAGAUACAACGCCAUACUGCCCAGUUCAGGCUCGGUCGUCUCGAUACCCCGCAGUUUCUGUAUCCUGCACCAAACGAUGUUCCUCACAGGCUUGCGAAGUACGAAGAGGCCAAACACAAGGACACCUUGAAGGGCAUUGACGAGGUCGAAGGCCGACCAGGCGAGCGGAUCACCACCGGCCCACCAGGAUAUCAGUUCCAUUGCCCAGUUCAUACCCAUGAGGAAGAAUAGCCCGAGACAGACGAAGAAGAUGCGUUUUAGGCGGCGGAAUAAACGUUGCUCCUCGCGAUCUGACUCUUGGUUACGAGCCAUUCGGCGAAGGUCCAGAUCGCGCUGGUAGCGCGUUAUACCCACGGCUGUCAUAGCGAAUAGUAUCAAGUUGAUGCAGACGAGUAUGCCUACCGGCACGUAGAAGUACGGCAUGGCCUCGUGAUCGGCUGCAAUCACAUGUUAAUUUUUUAUUAGUUAUAAUGUAUGCUAAUAAUGUGUACAAGGUAUCGGUGUGUUUCAUUAUUAUACAUAUAUUAGGGGUAUGUAAAAUGGUUGUUGAGUUUUUAAGAAUUUUUAUUGUCAGAGUUUAUUUAUGGAUACGAUGCGUUGAUUAUUUUUUUACUAACUGUAAUUAGCUUUAUUUUUUUAUAACCUUUUAGAUUAUAGGUAGCUCUCUUGGCUAUACAUAAAUGUAUAAUGAAAAUGAAAGGAAUAUAUAUUUUUUCUUAGCGACUUGAGAAUUGUGCAAAGCGAUGAUUUUCAUCAAAUAGUAUAAUAAACAUUAGAAAUGGUGGAAGACUUUUCGAUAGACCUGUGCAAUAUUCGUUCGCUAUUAUAUAUCAGUCUCUAUUAUACCGCGUGCAUUGAUUUUUUGAGAAAACUAUUGUCAAAGCGAAACGUUUGAUCAGCACCGACGUGUAUAAUUUUUGUAAAAGGGUAAUACCGAUGUAUUUUCAAUGACUAAGCGAGCCAAUAAAUGCAAACUAAACCUCGAAAAA